CCUCUUCAGAUAAACCAAUUAGAUUAUUUGAUUUGCUUUUAUGCUUAGAAGAUAAUAUAGCGACAAUUCAGGAAGAACUUGGUAUCGUCAGUUACACUAAUCAAGAAAUAGCAGAAGAAGCCGAUAAAAAUGUGAAAGUGUAUCUCCGAAAGUUUGAAGAAUUUCAUGGUCCCUUAGAAGAUGUUCCAA